CAUUUUAUAUCACAGUCAAGGCGCAUCACUAAGGAGGGCGCGCGCUUCAGAUAGCCAGGGGGGCUGACUGCUGAAGCAACCCUGAGCUCCUGUCCGUGACGACGCGAGCGUCAGCGGGACAGAGCCAACCACAGCCACCGUCAUUUGCUCACAAGAACACCAACAACACGAUGACGCUCGACAUACCCUCUAUUGGGUUUCCAGCGCUUCUCGCGGUCCACGCGAGCCUGGAUUCGCUCCCACGCGGAUUUGCUUGCAUCUGCUUUAAUGGUCGUGGGGGGGAAAGUGAGCGGCGUGGGGCGACUGUGGAGGAACAUGCUGAUGCGCAGAGGGAGGAAAGUGGGUAUGCCAGAGCUCCAGGGAUGCGCCCAGAAUAACGCAUCUUGGAAGUUGUGUUACCCGAAUGCUUCUGCGCUUUAACCAGCAGGAAAGCUUCAUAGAUGAUCAUUCUCUGCGCGACUCUGUGGAUUUGGUUCACUGAGGACCGUAUGAAGACCAGACAUGGCCGUGGCAAAUAUGGUGUUCUCUGACGUGGAAAGUUUUCUGGACUCGCACCCAGAGUUACUCGAGGAUUACUUGAAUAGAAAGGGGAAUUACGGCAUAGUGGAGAAAUGGCUCAAGAACCAGCGGGCGACUAAAAGCGCGGCCGCCGCGGCUCCCACCGGGGCGCGAGAGGACAAGAGCCACGCGCGCACGGACAGCUGGGCGAGCAAAUGCGACGGGCUGCAGCGGCGAGCCUCGCAGAAGGAGCUGCGCAAAACUUUCGCCCGGUCCAAGGCCAUCAACGUCAACAGGACAUACGACGAACACGUGAACUCCCGGGCCCAGGAGCCGCUGACGAGCAUGCGGAGGAGAGCGCUGCUGAGGAAAGCCAGCUCUCUGCCGCCGACCACUGCGCACAUCCUGAGCGCGCUCCUGGAGUCCAGAGUCAACAUCCCCCAGUACCCGUCCACGGCCGUGGAUUUCAAAUAUUACCUCAAGGCGCACAACGAGAGGGAGUUCUUCCUGGAGCUCGUGAAAGACAUAUCGAAUGACUUGGAUCUAACGAGCCUCAGCUACAAAAUCCUGGUGUUCGUGUGCAUUAUGGUCGAUGCGGACCGGUGCUCCCUGUUUUUGGUGGAGGGGACCGGCAACAAGAAGACGCUGGUGUCCAAAUUCUUCGACGUGCACGCGGGCACCACGGUGCUGCCGUCGAUGAAUUCGGAUGAAGUUCAGGUGCCGUGGGGAAAGGGGAUCAUCGGAUACGUGGCCGAGCACGGGGAGACGGUGAACAUUCCCGACGCCUAUCAGGAUCGCCGGUUCAGCGAUGAAAUUGACAAGCUGACCGGGUACAAGACCAAGUCGCUCCUGUGCAUGCCCAUUCGCAACAGCGACGGGGAGAUCAUCGGAGUGGCGCAGGCCAUCAACAAGACCUCGAGCGGCGAACUCUUCACUGAGGAUGAUGAAAAGGUGCUUCAAAUGUACCUGCCCUUCUGUGGCAUUGCCAUCUCCAACGCCCAACUCUUCGCCGCCUCCAGGAAGGAGUAUGACAGAAGUCGGGCGCUCUUGGAGGUGGUCAACGACCUGUUCGAGGAGCAGACCGACCUGGAGAAGAUCGUCAGGAAGAUCAUGCACCGCGCCCAGACGCUGUUGAAGUGCGAGCGCUGCUCCGUUCAGCUGCUGGAGGACAUCGAGUCACCGGUGGUGAAGUUCACGAAGUCAUUUGAGCUUCUGUCUCCCAAAUGUAGCGCAGACACUGAGAGCAGUUUCAAAGACAGCAUGGAGAAGUCGUCCUACUCGGACUGGCUCAUCAACAACAGCAUCGCGGAGCUGGUGGCCUCCACUGGACUGCCCGUGAACAUCAGCGACGCCUAUCAGGACCCGCGCUUUGAUGCUGAGGCAGAUCAGUUCUCAGACUUCCACAUCCGCUCCGUGCUUUGUGUUCCCAUAUGGAACAGCAACCACCAAAUCAUCGGUGUCGCCCAAGUGCUCAACCGGCUCGACGGGAAACCCUUCGACGACGCAGAUCAGCGUCUCUUUGAGGCGUUUGUGAUCUUUUGUGGACUGGGCAUCAACAACACCAUCAUGUACGACCAGGUCAAGAAGUCCUGGGCCAAACAGUCUGUGGCUUUAGAUGUUCUGUCCUACCACGCCACGUGCUCCAAGACGGAGGUGGACAAAUUCAAGCAGGCCGCCAACAUCCCGCUGGUCUGUGAGCUGGGCAUCGACAAGCUCUCCUUCGACGACUUCUCUCUGGACGUGGAUGCCAUGAUCACGGCGGCUCUGCGGAUGUUCAUGGAGUUGGGAAUGGUGCAGAAAUUCAAGAUCGACUACGAGACGCUGUGCAGAUGGCUGCUGACGGUCAGGAAGAACUACAGGAUGGUCCUGUACCACAACUGGCGGCACGCGUUCAACGUGUGCCAGUGCAUGUUCGCCAUGCUCACGACGGCGGGUUUCCAGGAGACGCUGACCGAGGUGGAGAUUCUGGCGCUGAUAGUAGGCUGCGUGUGUCACGACCUGGACCACAGGGGCACCAACAACGCUUUCCAGGAGAAGACGGGCUCAGCUCUUGCUCUACUUUAUGGGACCUCUGCUACACUGGAGCACCACCACUUCAACCAUGCUGUUAUGAUCCUGCAGAGCGAGGGUCACAAUAUCUUCUCCAACCUCUCGUCCACAGAGUACAGCGACCUCAUGCAGCUGCUGAAGCAGUCGAUUCUGGCCACAGACCUCACGCUUUACUUCGAGAACAGGAACACCUUCUUCGAGCUGGUCAGCAAAGGGGAGUACAACUGGAACGUGAAGGCGCACAGAGACAUGUGCAGGUCCAUGAUGAUGACAGCGUGUGACCUCGGCGCUGUCACCAAACCCUGGGAGACGUCCCGCAAGGUGGCAGAGUUGGUGACCAGUGAGUUUUUCGAGCAGGGCGACAGGGAGCGGUCCGAGCUCAAGCUCACGCCCUCCGCCAUCUUCGACCGGAACCGGAAGGACGAGCUGCCGGGGCUGCAGCUGGAGUGGAUCGAUGGAAUCUGCUCGCCGCUGUACGAGACGCUGGUCAAGUUGAAUUCUAAGCUUCAGCCGAUGCUUGACAUGAUCAAAGUGAACAGGGGCAAAUGGGAGGAGCUGAACAAGAAGAGACAAAGUGGCCAGAGCGCGUCGGCGCCGGCGGGUCCGUGCGGCGGUGAUGGUUCCGAGCCCACCGGCUGCACCGCGGCCAAAGCAGGAAGCGGCGCCCGCUGCAGCAGCGGCUGCAGCAGCAGCAACGCUGCCGGUUCCCCCUCAGAACCCGUCAGUUAGCUUCGGCUGCCGCCGCGCAGGCUUCUUCUCCUUCAGGCUGCGACACGUGCAGUGCAGUGCAUGCAGAGGUUCUUGGGCUCUGCUCCUCUUCGCUUUCGCUACCACAGACUCGGACCGGAGACUUUGCUUUAGACCUGGGCGCAGCGCUAUCACAGGGGUUCUCCUGCUCCCGGCCGACGGAGCUCGGACACGAUGACGGCACCAACUCAAACCACAGAGAGGUGUCAGCUGACACUGGUGUUGUGGGCGUCGCACAGGUUCGCAGCACAACUUGAGAGGAAUCUGUCCGGUUGUGGAUCACUGGAUGUUUUUGUAAAUUUGUAAAUAGGUCACUGGGUUUGAAAACGAUGUUAUUUAAGCUGUUUAGGUCAUACUAUGUCUUUCGAGCUUCUGGCGGGUGAAGGAGUGUGGGAACAGCAGGACCUGUGACAGUGCUUGCAAUGCAAACCGAGUGCGCCGCCCGCUCCCUUCCUGUGCCUUGUUUCAAGAUCCUAAUGAAAAAUGCAUGGCCUCCUCUCCAAGACUCUUAGACAGAAGGGAAAUCCAUGUUGGACCAUCAUGUAUUUUUGCCACACUUUGUAAUAAUCUCAGUGACAGCAGUCAUGUCUUGACCCAUCAGCAACAAGGCAUUAACAUUCUGUGAUAUAUAUGAAAUCUAUUUUGCCCAGUUUUAUAGACGCAGGGUCUCACUUGUCACACACAAUGUGCCUUGAUGAAGCUGUUAAUUUCUGCAGAAGAAGCCCUUUCAUCUACUGGUUGACUUUUGUUGAGCCCUUUUGGAAAACACUUGUAUCCACGUUCUGGUUCUGGAGUCAGAUGAGGAGAUCAGCACCAGUCCCUCGACUGUUUCAGCAGCGGAUCACCUGAAUUUACAGCAAAGACCGGAAAGUCCAAGGGAAGUAAACCAAACAGCUGUGAUUAAAAUCACACAAAAAUACAUCAAGAAACAAGAAAAGUAAAGCAGACUUAAUAUGUGUCACAUUUCACUAAACCAGACUGGACUUUGGUGUUUGCUGUGAAUCAGCUGCUAGGCUGCCUAGCUCUAGCUUUAUUCUAAGCAUGAUAUGAUGGUGAUAUCUUCUCAUCUGCGCUACCAUCAGAGUGAAUUAGCCUUUAAAACAUCAGACUUCUGCUUUAAUUUUGGACCUUGUCUCCCUCAAAUACGGAGACACAGAAACUUGCAGUACUGAAGUGCCCAAGUAAUCACAAGCUAUUAUUUUCCUAUUAUUCUAGAUAUCAUUUUUCCAGGUGGGGUUAUGCCUUAUGACUUGUGUUGUAGCUUUGUUAACUGGAGUUUAAAACGUGACUGUGCACAUUGUUGGCAUGGAUCUGUGUGCUCUACUGUAAUUUCUCUAAAGCCGAAGCAGGAGAAUUUUCGAAUUGCAUGUUUAAUGCAGUGUUCAGUUCAACCACUUGCUAGGGAUGUAGCAAACGUGAGCCAACGAAUACCUCGUGUUUUGAACUUCGUCAGUAAAACACCUUCUCUCACCGGGAAACGCAUGAAUUAAAUUCUACUGCAUCACGUGAA